UGUUCUUCCGUGUUGGCUUCCAUUCACAACAAGGAAGUAAUGUAAUGUUGAGAGUCUGUCUGGGCAACUGACAGUUAACUUGUGUUUAUGAUCUUGGAUGAAUGGAACGCAAACGGGGAAAUUAUUAAAGAGCAGAUAUUUUUGAGGAUAUUAUUAAUAAAUUAUGCAAACGUUAGCAGGAUUAGUAGCUAGCUUGCAUGCUGACUUGGUGAGGCACCCAGAGUUCUGACUAGUGCCAUGCAUAUCAGUGAGUUGAAGACUGCUCUAAAGGUAUCUUGUUGCCAAGCGUUGUUGUUAGUUGGUUGCACCUCGGGAACAAAAACCUAAGUAUGAAGACGUUCAGGUGCCCUGGACGACAUGGCUAUGCCGUGGAAGUGUCUCCCUUUCAACCGAGCAGAAUUGCAUGCGCGACGUCCCAGUAUUAUGGAAUAGCUGGAUGUGGAACGCUGCAUGUGUUGGAGCAAAGGGAAGCUGAUAUAGGUCUCGUGAGAAGUUUUGAUUGGAACGAUGGGCUGUUCGACGUCACCUGGAGUGAAAAUAAUGAGCACGUGCUGGUGACAGGCGCGGGAGACGGCUCCUUGCAGCUCUGGGACACCGAAAACCCUCAAGGACCACUACAGGUGCUGAAGCAGCAUACUCGAGAGGUUUAUUCUGUUGACUGGAGUCAGACACGUGGAGAGACACUGCUGGUGUCAGGUUCAUGGGACCAUACGGCUAAAGUGUGGGAUCCUGAGCGUCUGCAAUGCCUCUGCACUCUCAGAGGUCACGAGGGGGUCAUCUAUAGCACCAUCUGGUCUCCUCACAUCCCAGGAUGCUUUGCGUCGGCAUCAGGAGACGGAACUCUGCGAGUGUGGGACACGAAAGCAGCUGCCUGCCGAUUGGCCAUCCCCGCCCACAAGGGAGAAAUCUUGAGCUGUGAUUGGUGUAAAUAUGACCAGAAUGUGUUGGUGACUGGAUCGGUCGACUGCAGUCUGUGCGUGUGGGACCUAAGGAAUGUGAGGCAGCCCGUGGCCAAGCUGCUGGGACACUCCUAUGCCAUCCGCAGAGUCAAGUUCUCUCCAUUUCAUCACACCGUCUUGGCAUCCUGCUCCUACGAUUUCACUGUCAGGUUCUGGGACUUCUCAAAGAGUGAGCCUCUGCUAGAAACUCUGGAGCAUCACUCUGAGUUUGUCUGUGGCCUGGACUUCAACUUCCACAUCCCUAACCAGGUGGUGGACUGCUCCUGGGAUGAGACUGUAAAAAUUUACUCCCCUCCACGGCUGGCCGCCGCCCAACCAAGCGAGUCGUAGAGGAAGAUAAUUACCCUGCCGCAAGGAGGAGAGAAAAGAGGGUGAGGGGAAGGAGAAAAAAAGAUUGCACGGAGGGUGGGGUGUGCAGGUUCGUCUCAAUCCUCGGGCAUGGAGUUUGCCAAGGCAGCGCUGCGGUAUUCCUAAUGACGCUAUUAAGGGAGGACUCGGGGGCAGCCGUGCGAUUACACACUGUCCUGCGCGCGUAUAGGAGGAGGGAUCCCUCACCUAACGGGGAGCGCCGCUAUUCACUCUCACCUGAAGCAGCUGGAUCCAAAGUGCCAUUACUGGUGUGAACCUGUGCAUUGCAUUGUGUGACAAAAAUACUUAGCUUUGGGGCUCAACACCUAACCGUUCCCUUUAAAUGUCUUGCUAGGUUGUGGCCAUUGAUUUGUAUUUGUUAAUUUUCCUGAUUAUGUACAUCGAGAUUAAAGAUGCAGUCUGCAAUUUGGUUUUCUA